AAGAAUUCAUACAUUCAAUUUCAGACCUCUGGGGAGAAGCAAGAGAAAAAAAUAAUCCUAUCUGUAGGAUAUAGGAACAAAUUUCAACCCAACACGCUUCAAUAUUCUCUCUCUCUGCUUUCUCCGAUCAUUCUCCGGCCGCCGUGGUUUUCGUUUUUCACGGCGGAGCUCCCAACAUUUCAAUCAUACUCUCGUCCUCAUCACUCUUUUAACUUUAAACCCACAAAAGGAAAACCAAAAUUCUCCACCCCUUUUUUUUUUUUUUUUAUAAUUAAUUUCGGACAUUCCUUUUCUUGUUCCAGCUAAAACUCAAAUUUCCCCACUCCCCCAGCACAGCAGGCCGCAAUAAUUUCUUUGGUAAAUUUCAGGGCGGAAUUCGGCGUCUCCUGUUCCUCGUUUUCUCAAGGAAUAUUCCCAGUUUUCUCUUUUUCUUGUUUUGUUUUUGGUAAAUUUAUUGUUUGGGGUUACUUUUCUUCUCUGUCUUCCGUUUUCGUUUGACGGGUCGUCUUCCUUUUGAAGGCGUUUGGAUUCCGGAAAACGAUCGGUUAUACUCUUGUUGAGGAUCGAAUCAGAUCUAUUCUGCGUCAUUUGGGUUUUCUUUCAAUUUCCUUUUUCCGAAUGGAUUAUGACGAUUUUGCUUUCCCACCACUGGGUUUUCUCUGCAAUUUCUAGCUUUUCUUUUUGUCACACCCGAAGUGGAUAUCAAAAUUUCUUCGAUUAGAUCCGUUUCUGCCCACUUCUGAAGAACGAUAAGAACAAGGUUAUCCCAGAUUGUUAUUGGGAAGAUAUCUCUCUUGGUCGCCGAUUUUUCUCUCUUUAAUCGGACUCUUCCGAGAUGGUUCGAUUGGAUUUAGAUGAUUUUCGGACGAUAUUGGAUUCUGCCGGCGUCGAUGUCUGGACCUUCAUCGAUACAGCAAUGGAGGUCGCUUCAUUGGAUUACGGCAAUCAAUUGAAGAAUCGGAGAGAUGGAAUCGUCGAGCGCCUCUACGCGUUGACUUCGCCUCCAUCGCGAUGUCGAAACUGCGAUACGGAUCGCCACCAUAACGGGAAACCUAACGGAUGUGAAAUCAAACCGAGCAGCCCUGAGCCGAAGAGGGCUUCCCCUCCGACGCCGCAGUCCGCCGAAGGGGAUGGCGACGGAGCUGACCCAUAUGCAGGAUUGUUUGAUGAUGAGCAGAAGAGGGUUCUAGAAAUUAAAGAGCAGCUUGAAAUUCCUCACCAGCCUGAAGAUGCUCUUGUUGAACUGCUUCAAAGCUUGGCAGAUAUGGACAUAACAUUCCAAGCUCUUAAGGAAACUGAUAUUGGAAGACAUGUGAAUCGGUUGAGGAAGCAUUCAUCUAAUGAUGUUCGGAGAUUGGUGAAACAUCUUGUCAGGAAAUGGAAGGAUAUUGUGGAUGAAUGGGUGAGGUUGAAUCAACCUGGGGAGCAGACAUCCACACUAAUAGCUGAUGGCGACUCACCCCAGCAAAAAGCUCCUCAAAAUGGUUACCACCAGGUUCCUGAUUUUGCAUACUCUCCCAAUCCACACAAUGGAAGUUCUGGGUCUGAUAGAAAUAACUCGGAACCAGAACCGAAGGGAAAACCUAUUCCGAGAAGAGAUGCCCCGCCCAAACAAGCUCAACCCACUCCAAUGGCGUCAUUAACUCCUCAAAAUAGACAGAAAGAACAACAGAAGGAACCAAAUUUUGAUUCUCUAAAGCUUGCAUCAGCUAGAAAAAGGCUUCAAGAGAAUUAUAAAGAAGCUGAAAAUGCCAAAAGGCAAAGAACAAUUCAAGUCAUGGACAUCCACGAGAUUCCAAAGCCAAAGAAUACCUUCUUCUCAAAGAAUAAAGGCGGCGGUGGCUCUCAAGGCAGGCACUGGUGAUAUUUGGUGACGCAUCGAAGCAACAUCUUCUAAAUUAGGUCUCGGUCAUCGUCGAAACUGGAAUCGGUUUAUCAUCCUUUCAAUUAUUACAACAUCUUUUGAUCCUUAAAUUUUUAACUUCUCUAUCAAGUUAAAAGAGAACCAAAAACACUACUUUUUCACAUAAGUUUCCUCUUAAUAAGCAAUGCUAAUACUGAUAUCGUUGAUCUGGAAGUCCCCUGAGUCUUAGAGUCUCACUGGCAGAGGUCUAUUUGAGGGGUCUAAUUAGAUCAACUUCAACAUAAAACUCAAAUAGGAAGGCCAUCUCCCUCUGUUUUUCCCUUUUUAUCUUUUUUCUGAUCAUUUGAAGUUUGGAGAAGAGAAUUUAUUAGUUGGGGCCAGCACACGGGGAUGUGAACCAGUGAAUGUGGAUGGGGUUUGGUUUUGGCUGCUUGUAUUGCAAUUGCAAGUUCUCUCCCUCUAGUUUUAUUUUAUUUCAUAUACUAAUAUUUCGGAACAUGGGGCUUGGCCUAACAUAUAAAGAAGGAAAAGAAGCUUUUAAGUUUUACUUUUCAA